AUGAAGAAAAAGAACCCAAAAAUCGACCAAUCAGCUGCUGAGCUACAGGAAGAAACUCACAGAUGCUGGAAAGAUAUCAAUACUGAUCAAAGUACAAAUGAAAAUUUAAUCAAAACAAAUAGCGAGCACCCAAACCCUGAGAGGAGAAUUCCCCAAUAUCAGGAAGACCCCAACCCUUUACAGGCGCCUCGAAGCAGCCAGCCGUCGGUCAUUGAAGUGAAUGUAGAAGUGAAUGUUCAGGAACAGAAAGGCGUCGCUGGAAACGACGUCCAACGUCUUAAAACGGUUAAACAACAGCUGAUGCCAUCUAAAAGAAGACGACAGCAGUUUUCCCCUCCAUCUUCGAAAUCGGUUCUGGCCACCUGUCCAUCAGAGACCUCCAUCAUUUCCGCAGCAGCCCUCGAAGAGCUGUGUGACCUCCACAACUACUACAGCAAACAGUUACGGAGGAUAAACUACACUUCCCACGAGCAGCUGCAGGAUUCCGGUUUCGGAAUGCUGACAUGUCUGAAUGUAUCAUCUCUUCAAAACGUGUCUUUGGAAGAUGAGACCUGGACUGACCAGAGUCCUGAUCACCUACAGCAACCUCCAGCAGUGGGGGACGUCGAGCUACAAUGGGAGAAAGACUGCAGAACUCGGAUUACCGCAACAAUAAAAGAGGAAGAGAAGACUGACGUUGUACACAAUCAGAAAAUUGGGGAAGACAAGCAUCAAAUCCUGAAAGAAGCAAAGAAGGUGGAGGAAGGUGGAAAAGAAAGCAAUGAGAGAAAGCAAUGUCAUGAAAAAGGACAGGAUAAAAGAGUGGACGAGGAGAACAAAACCAGAGAUGAAGAACAAAUUCAGGAAGAGAAUCAGGGUGUAGAUCCGUCUAUAACUACAUCAGUAGACACUUCCCGUGCUACUCUCUCUCCUUCUCAGUAUUUCUUAUCCACCAUCAUUCCAUCUUUGAUCACCACUCUGAGUACUCCGAACAUUAAACCAAUUAACCCUGAUCUUGAAUACCAAAAUGCAUCUCUCUUGGGUACUCGCACAAGUCACUUUUCAGCUCGAAAGAACACAUCUAUACUAACGACCAAUAAGAACAGCACACAUGAGGGUUCCAAAGAGAAUGUUGAUGCUGCUCCCAGGGUAAUGGCAGUCAUGGCUGGCUCUACCACCAUGAGCUUACCCAGCACCUUCAAACCCAAACCAAAGACUAAACUUCGGAAAAUCAAAGACAAGCAGACACCAAAAACAAAGAACAAGCUUCACAAGAAGGUGAAGAAGAAGAAGAAGAAGAGCACCACCAAAGCUCUGAAAAAUGCAAAGCAGAUGAAAAGGUUAAAACAGGAGAAAGAUCAGCUGACCACUGCCUCAUAUUUUCCAUAUUUUGAAGAUCAUUACUGCCCACCAGACUGUGUUUGUUAUGGAAGGGUGGUGCAAUGUUCAGACAAAGGACUGGACAAGGUUCCCUAUGGUAUUCCAUACAAUUCCCGCUACCUCCUUCUUAUGAACAACCACAUCAAUAGCAUUCCGCUGGACCUACUUUCACAGUACCUUUCUAUUGAGUUCCUGGUGCUGAGCAACAACCAUCUGGUAGACAGUUCCAUCAAAGGUGCCUUUGAAGGCAUCCAGACACUAAAGAGGCUGUACUUGGACCGGAACCUCCUCCAGAGUGUCCCUACUGACCUUCCAGUCUCACUGGAAGAGCUCCAUCUGGAUGGGAACAAAGUGAAAGUGAUGUCUGAGGUGGCGUGGUCUCGCUGCCCUGGCCUGCUCAUUCUCAGUUUGAGCAAUAACAGUUUAGAAAGUAUCUCAUCUUUGUUCCCUGUUGGAGUUUUGUCUCCAUUAAGCAGCCUUCGCACACUUAGCCUCUCCCACAACCAUCUUACCUCUGUCCCCUUGCACCUCCCACUUAGCCUCCAAGAGCUUUACCUCAGUGGUAAUCUCAUCCAACGCUUCCAGCCAGGAAUUUUUCAGGGCAAGGCACAGCUUCAAGUGCUGGACCUCAGUGCCAACAGGCUAACCAACAAGGGUUUGGGCAAGGGUGCACUCAUGAAUGCCACCCAGUUGGAAAGUCUCAACCUAGAAGGGAACUUCCUGAAGCAUGUCCCUCGUUACCUUCCACACUCCCUAAAGACCCUUAGCUUAGAGGGAAACUCCAUCUUGAGCAUCACCAAGGCUGCGUUUCUCUCACUUCCACACCUGGAGCACCUCGGCCUAGCCCGCAACAAGAUCUCCAAGGUGGUGCCUGGAUCAUUUCGGGUGCUUCCUUUGUUGCACCAGCUGGAUCUUAGCCACAACGUGCUUCACCAGGUCCCACGUCAGCUUCCGGCUUGGCUCGUUUAUAUUGCGCUCAACCAUAACAAGAUUCGGUUGAUUCCACGUGAUGCAUUCUGCUCAUUCAAAAAAUCCGAAGCAGCCAAAAGUCGUCUGAUUAAGGUGCAGCUGGAGCACAACCUGGUAGACUUGGACAGCCUGGACAAGAUGGCUUUCAGCUGCCUAAGAGGCUUUCAGGUGGUGCACUUUUACUGA